AUGAAGGCAAAAAAACAGCAAAGUAUUUUCAAGUUCUGUCAAAAGAAACCUAGCGGUGAGAACCAAGUUAGUGGUGUUGAGUCUGUUGAAAGGAUAGAGGUAGAGGCUGCUACUUCAACUUUACAACAUGCCCCGAAAAGACCUUGUAGCAAUGUACAUGUGGAUCACACAGAAACAAUCGGAAAACGAAAGACUGCUACAGAGGUUUUGGGUCCAGAAGCAGCUAACAAACUCCCAGCCAUACCACUUUCAAAUGACUCAGUUAACAGAAGAAUAUUGGAUAUGGCAGUUGAUGUUGAAGAGCAAGUGAUUGAACAAGUAAAGAAAUCGAAAUAUUUCGCUAUACAGCUGGACGAAUCUAGAGACUUGGGCAAUUGUUCUAAUCCUAAUUGUUUUGUUCGGUAUGAAAAUGAAGGAAGAAUCAUUGAAGAAUUUCUUUGUUGUCUCCAAUUAUCCGGACGAACGACCAGUUCAGAAAUAUUUCGGUCUCUUAAUAACUAUGUGCAAGAUCAAGGUUUAGAUUGGGAAAAAUGUGUCAGAGAAGUGGCAAACAAAAAUAUACUGAUCACACACUGCGUUCUUCACCGGGAAAAUUUAUUUGCCAAAAAACUGUUUCCAGAAUUAAAUGACGUUCUGAAUGGUGCCGUAAAGAUCGACGUCGUGACAAACAGCUCUUCUCCCAACACAGAAGAGCUAUUUUCUGUUAUAAGUCAACACUUGAAAGAUCUACGCAUCAGUUUUGGAAAAUACUUUCCAGAAAAUGCGGAUCCUCGUCAGGGAAACUUUUGGAUUGUUAAUCCUUUUGCAAAAGAUAAUGAUUCGUACAAUCUUAACACUGUUGAGAAAGAAUCGUUGAUUGAGCUUUCCUGCGAUACCACGUUGAUGUCCAAGCAUAAAGAGUUGUCAUUGUCACAGUUUUGGAUAUCUCUUGAAAACGAAUAUCCCGAGCUCAGUGACAUAGCCAUCAAAAUACUGCUAGUUUUUUGUACAACUUACCUUUGUGAAAAAAGUUUUUCAACGUUAACUCUCAUCAAGACCAAACAAAGAAAUCGUGUGAAAAUCAACGCUCUACUUCGCCUUGCAGAAACUUCAUUAGAACCGCGUUUAGCACAUUUGAUAUCAAAAGGACAGCAGCAAAAUUCUCCUUGA